GAGCGUCCUGACAGUGGUGGAAAAUGGCUGCUCGGAGCAGCUCCCUAAAGCUCGGAGAAAACUGAAAAAAAGUCCACAUUUUAAAUAUAUUUUUUAAAAAGUCUCACUUGGCGCUUUUACACGCAGGGAACACGGACAACUCGAGGACGCUUGGACUCUGAAACAUGUCUCGCUGGGUGCCUUCUAAGAAGGAAAAGUAUGGAGUUGCAAUCUAUAACUACGAUGCCCGGGGAGAGGAGGAGCUGUCGCUCCAGAUCGGAGACACGGUGCACAUACUCGAGACAUAUGAAGGCUGGUUCAGAGGUUAUAGACUGAGGAGAAAAUCAAAAAAGGGCAUAUUUCCUGCUUGUUAUAUACACAUCAAAGAUGCCACAGUUGAGGGCAGCGGGCAGAAGGAGACGGUCAUUCCCACCGAGCUGCCCCUGGUUCAGGAGGUUACCACAACGCUGCGGGAGUGGGCCACAAUAUGGAGGGACUUGUAUGUGGAGGACAAGCGUGAGAUGUUCAACUCUGUCCGGGACAUGAUCUACGACCUCAUCGAAUGGCGGUCACAGAUUCUGUCUGGCACGCUCCCGCAGGACGAGCUCACUGAGCUCAAACAGAAGGUCACCUCUAAGAUCGACUAUGGCAACAAAUAUUUGGAUCUUGAUCUGGUAGUCAGAGACAAAGAUGGAAACAUACUGGACCCAGAUGUCACCAGCACCAUCAGCAUAUUCAGGGCACAUGAAACGGCCUCCAAGCAAAUAGAGGACCGGAUCCAAGAGGAGAAGUGAGAGCUACCUGGUGAAAUGGUCAAGCUCGGGUUUGGUGAAAGACAUCGACCAGCUUCAUAAUCUGCGGGCGGUUUUUACGGACUUGGGCAGUGAAGAUUUGAAGAGAGAGAAGAUCAGUUUUGUGUGUCAGAUCGUCAGAGUCGGGCGAAUGGAGCUGCGAGACAACAACAUCAAGAAGCCGACUUUGGGUCUGAGAAGACCGUUUGGAGUUGCAGUAAUGGAUGUCACGGACAUAAUAACGGGCAAAAUGGACGACGAGGACAAGCAACACUUCAUCCCAUUUCAGUCGGUGACGGGGGAGAACGACUUCCUCCAGACAGUCAUCGCUAAAGUUAUCACCGCCAAAGAAGUCAAUCACAAAGGCCAAGGCCUGUGGGUGACUCUGAAGCUGCUUCCCGGAGACAUCCAUCAGAUAAGGAAGGACUUUCCUCACUUAGUGGAUCGAUCAACAGCCGUGGCUCGAAAAAUGGGCUUCCCUGAGAUCAUUAUGCCAGGUGAUGUCCGAAACGACAUCUACGUGACUCUGAUUCAGGGGGAUUUCGACAAGGGGAACAAGACGACGCCCAAAAACGUUGAGGUGACCAUGUCCGUUUAUGAUGAAGACGGCAAGAAGCUUGAGAACGUGAUUUUUCCCGGUGCUGGAGAUGUGGGAAUCAGCGAGUACAAGUCUGUCAUCUACUACCAAGUGAAGCAGGCGCGGUGGUUUGAAACAAUAAAGGUUGCUAUUCCCAUCGAAGACGUGAACCGGAGCCAUUUGCGAUUCACCUUCCGCCACCGUUCAUCUCAGGACUCCAGAGAUAAAUCAGAGAAGGUAUUCGCCUCGUCUUUUGUCAAACUGAUGCGGUAUGAUGGGACCACUCUGAGGGACGGCGACCAUGAUCUCAUUGUCUACAAGGCAGAAGCAAAGAAGCUGGAAGACUCGUCUCUCUACCUAAACGUCCCUUCCACCAAGAUGGAGCUGGAAGAGAAGGGCUUCUCUGUCACUGGGAAAAACACCCAGAAUCUGGGGAACUGCACCAUCAGCAGGGACUCCUUUCAGAUCUCCACUCUGGUCUGCUCCACUAAACUUACACAAAACGUCGACCUGCUCGGCCUGCUGAAGUGGCGCUCGAACACCAGCCUCCUACAGCAGAAUCUCUGUCAGCUGAUGAAGGUGGAAGGCGGUGAGGUCGUCAAGUUUCUGCAAGACACUUUGGAUGCGCUCUUCAACAUCAUGAUGGAAAACUCUGACAGCGACACGUUUGAUACUUUGGUGUUUGACGCUUUGGUGUUCAUUAUUGGACUUAUAGCCGACAGAAAGUUCCAGCACUUUAACCCUGUUCUGGAAACCUACAUUCGAAAGCAUUUCAGCGCCACUCUGGCCUACACGAAGCUCACCAAAGUUUUAAAGAACUACGUGGACAAUGCAGAGAAGCUGACAGAACAGCUGCUGAAGGCCAUGAAGGCUCUGGAAUACAUCUUCAAGUUCAUUGUGCGCUCCAGAGUUCUCUUCAACCAGCUCUACGAGAACAAAGGAGAGGCCGACUUCAUGGAGUCCUUGAGGAACCUUUUCACAUCCUUUAACAACAUGAUGAACAGUAAUUCAGAGAACACAGGCAUGGUGAAGGGCGCUGCACUGAAGUACAUUCCUACCAUUGUCAACGAUGUCAAGUUGGUCUUUGAUCCAAAGGAACUAAGCAAGCUUUUCACAGAGUUCAUCCUGAAAGUCCCUCAGGGUCGCCUGGUGAAACAGAAGCUAGACUGUCUGAUUGACAUCAUCCACAGCGAUCUCUUUACUUAUCACGAUUGCCGUGAAAUCCUUCUGCCGCUGAUGACGGAGCAGCUGAAGUUCCACCUGGAGAAGGAGGAGGAACCGAAGGCUUGUUGCCAGCUGCUCUGUGACAUCCUGGAGGUGCUUUACAGGAAGGAUGUGGGCCCCACCCAGUGGCACGUGCAGAUCAUCAUGGAGCAGCUGCUGAGGACCAUUAACAGGACCGUCAUCUCCAUGGACCGUGACUCUCCUCACAUCGGCAGCUUCGUAGCCUGCAUGACUGCUACACUGAGACAGAUGGAUGACUAUCAUUACACUCAUCUGAUCAGCACCUUUGGCAUGAUAACGAGUGAUGUUGUGGAUUUCUUAAUGGAAACAUUUAUCAUGUUUAAAGAUCUCAUUGGGAAAAACGUCUACCCCUCAGACUGGAUCAUAAUGAACAUGAUGCAAAAUAAAGUUUUCCUUCGAGCCAUUAAUCAGUACGCUGCAGUGCUGAACAAGAAAUUUCUGGAUCAAACCAACUUUGAGCUGCAGCUGUGGAACAACUACUUUCACUUGGCCGUGGCCUUCCUCACCCAGGAGUCGCUGCAGCUGGAGAACUUCUCAAGCGACAAAAGGACCAAGAUCUUUCAAAAGUACCAAGACAUGAGAAGACAGAUUGGCUUCGAAAUCAGGGAUAUGUGGUACAAUCUAGGCCCCCACAAGAUCAAAUUCAUCCCCGAGAUGGUGGGUCCAAUUCUGGAGAUGACGCUGGUUCCUGAGAUCGAGUUGCGAAAGGCCACCAUCCCCAUCUUCUUUGACAUGAUGCAGUGCGAGUUUCACUUCACAUGCAGCUUUCAACGUUUUGAGAACGAGAUCAUCACCAAGCUGGAUCACGAGGUGGAGGGGGGUCGUGGAGAUGAGCAGUACAAAGUUCUCUUUCAGAAAAUAUUGCUGGAGAACUGCCGGAAGCACGUGUACUUGGCCAGGACGGGGGAGAACUUCGUCACGUUGGUGGUGCGACUGCUGGAGAGGCUGCUGGACUACAGGACCAUCAUGCACGAUGAAAACAAGGAAAAUCGCAUGAGCUGCACUGUCAACGUGCUCAACUUUUAUAAGGAGAUCGACAGAGAAGAGAUGUACAUCAGGUACCUGUACAAGCUGUGCGACCUCCACAGAGAGUGUGACAAUUACACCGAAGCUGCUUACACUCUGCUGCUACAUGCAAAACUGCUCAAGUGGUCAGAUGAGCCAUGUGCAGCCCACCUGACCCAAAGAGACGGGUACCACGCUGCAACUCAAGGACAGCUCAAGGACCAGCUCUACCAAGAGAUUAUUAAUUACUUCGAUAAGGGCAAGAUGUGGGAGGAGGCAAUCCUUUUGAGCAAAGAACUGGCUGAACAGUAUGAGAAUGAAAUGUUUGACUUUGAGCAGCUCAGUGCAUCCUUGCGGAAGCAGGCCCAGUUUUAUGAGAACAUAGUGAAGGUUAUCCGGCCUAAACCCGACUACUUCGCUGUGGGCUAUUAUGGAAUGGGGUUCCCUUCUUUCCUACGUAACAAAAUGUUCAUCUAUCGAGGGAAGGAAUACGAACGCUGGGAGGAUUUUGUAGCACGACUCCUCACGCAGUUUCCCAACGCCGAGAAGAUGAAGACGACGACACCGCCCAGCGAAGAUACAACAAACUCCUCAGGACAAUACAUCCAGUGUUUCACAGUAAAACCUCUCCUAAACCUGCCUGCCAAGUUUCAAAAUAAGCCCGUCUCUGAGCAGAUCGUCAGCUUCUACACAGUAAAUGAAGUCCAUAAAUUCCAGUAUUCCAGGCCGGUGAGAAAGGGAGAAAAGGACCCUGACAACGAGUUUGCGAACAUGUGGAUUGAGAGGAUCACGUAUGCGACAGCAUACAAACUUCCGGGCAUCCUGCGCUGGUUUGAAGUCAAGUCAGUUUCUACGGAGGAGAUCAGUCCCCUUGAAAACGCCAUGGAAACGAUGCAGCUAACCAACGAGAAGAUCAGCAGCAUGGUGCAGAGGCACCUGAACGACCCCAACCUUCCCAUCAACCCCCUCUCCAUGCUGCUGAAUGGGAUUGUGGACCCAGCUGUGAUGGGAGGUUUUGCCAACUAUGAGAAGGCCUUCUUUAAUGACAAAUACAUGCUGGAGCACCCGGAGGAUCUUGAGAAGAUAGACAAACUGAAAGAUCUAAUCGCCUGGCAGAUUCCACAUCUGGCUGAAGGUGUUCGCAUCCAUGGUGAGAAGGUCACCGAGGCGUUGAGGCCUUUCCACGACCGCUUGGAGGCCUGCUUCAGACAGCUGCGAGAGAAGGUGGAAAAGCAGUACGGGGUGAAAACUCUGCUGACCGCGGAUGAACGACGAGGAUCUCGUCCUCCCUCCAUGGUGCGCUCCUUCACCAUGCCCUCCUCCCAAAGGCCUCUGUCGGUCGCUUCAGUCACCUCUAUCUCCUCAGACAACUCCCCCUCCAGACCUGGCUCAGACGGUUUUAACUUGGACACUCUUCUACCAAAGAAGCUUCACACCAAGUCUCAGGACAAACUGGACCGGGACGAACCCGAAAAGGAACGCAAAGAGAAGAAGAAGGAGAAGAGGAACAGUAAACACCAAGAGAUCUUUGACAAAGAGAUGAAGACAGCCGAGAUCACUCUGCAGCCAGCGGAAGCUGUCAUACUCUCAGAGACGAUCAGCCCCCUGCGGCCUCAGAGACCAAAGAGUCAGGUUCUCAACCAGAUGGUGGGAGACCGUCGUCUCUCCGUGUCUCCUGCACAUUCUUCUGCUUCCAUCAACCACUCCUCCCCAUCACAAGGGCCCCCACCCAUUGCACCACGGAACAAAAGCUCCUUGAGCCUUCACACUGGUUCCAAUCUGGAGCUGAACGGGAUGGGCUGCCCUGACAAGGGUGAAGUCCCUCCUCCGCUGCCGGUGAAAGGCAGCACGGCGGAUUACGGCAACCUGCUCGAUAAUCAAGACCUGACGACUCCCACGACACCACCGCCGCCCCCACCACAUCCAAGACACAUUCCGCCUCCUCUUCCUAGCAAAACCCCGCCUCCACCUCCUCCCAAGACCACCAGGAAACAAGUCUCCAUCGAUUCAGGAAUUGUACAGUAAACAAAGACUCUGACAGUAGGACCAAACAGCACCCUGACAACAAAACAAAAACAACAACAGUAAACAUCCCCACUGAAGUUGUUUUCACCCACGCGCUCCCUGUCCCAGCCUGACAGGAUGAAUACUUCACCGCAGCCCACCCCCACUUAUCAUCUUUAACGCUUUCAGUUAUCUUUUUUUUUCCACUUUCUGUUUGACAACGAUGCCGUCUG